GGAACCUUCUCUGCGCUCUCUCACAGGUCGGAAGGUCUGGCAGUCGGGUCCUCCUCCCGCCGCCCCGCACUCUUUCUGGUACAGCCAGCCAGCCGCCCAGUUGGGGGACGCCCCCCUCGUCGCCCGCCCGCCCCUCCCCAAGGCUCUGGCCAGCGCAAGAGGAAGGACGGCGGCUCCCACUGCGCAUGCCCCAGUGCCCGGGCCUGGCAGGGCGGGGGGGGGGGGGGCGAUGCCGAGGCAGUGGCGACCGCGGCCCAGCCUGGAGUGAGCGGGGCGGCGGGCUCCGCACUAGGCCGGGCCGGGCGCUGUGUGUGUCUCUCCGUCGCUGUGGAGGACAGGCAGCAGCCGCAGGGCAGAGAGCGGCGGCGCCAUGCCUGGCCCCCCAGCAGCGCCCCCCGGGCCGGACCCGGAGGAGCGCUACGAUUUUCUUUUCAAGCUGGUGCUGAUUGGCGAUGCCAACGUGGGCAAGACGUGCCUGGUGCAGCGCUUCAAGACCGGGGCCUUCGCCGAGCGCCAGGGCAACACCAUCGGCGUGGACUUCACCAUGAAGAGCCUGGAGAUCCAGGGCAAGCGGGUCAAGCUGCAGAUCUGGGACACAGCUGGCCAGGAGAGAUUUCGAACCAUCACCCAGAGUUACUAUCGAAGCGCCAAUGGAGCUAUCCUAGCCUAUGACAUCAGCAAGAGGGGCUCUUUCCAGUCCAUUCCUCGCUGGAUCGAGGAUGUGAGGAAGUAUGCUGGCUCCAAUAUAGUACAAUUACUAAUUGGAAACAAGUCUGACCUAAGUGACCUUCGGGAGGUUCAGCUAGAGGAAGCGCAGAUUCUGGCUGAACACUAUGAUAUCAUCUGUGCCAUAGAGACUUCUGCGAAGGAUUCCAGCAACGUGGAGGAGGCUUUUGUAAAGAUGGCAACGGAGCUAAUGAUGAGGCAUGGCGGCCCCAUGUUCAGCGAGCAAAAUACAGACAGCAUCAAACUGGACAGCAAGGAUGUAGUAGAAGGAUGGGGGUGUGGCUGCUGAUACAGCAUAGGAGAUCUCUCUCAUUUUUACUGGAAUUUAGUGGAUACCACAUACAUACAUACACACACACACACACCUCUAUGCUGCCCAGAAGCAGUUUCCUCUUCCUGCAAGCCCAGUGUUUUUGUAGUUAGAGAUUAACAUAUACAGAAUAUUUUUUAAAUAUGAAGGGAUGUGAAUCUAAAGACAGCCUUCCAUGACAUUUGCUCUGUAGCAGUUUUCAUCGGAUUCUUUUCAGAGAAAUGUGUGCUGUUUGGAAGUGAGUUGCACAAAGGAAAGCCACUGGGGAUUUCUUUGUAUGAAAGACUCUGAACAAGACAUUGCUGUGUUGCCAUACCUGUAGUUGCAAAUCCUUCUACAUGGGAUCUUGUCAGUGAAGACAACUCUGAUCAGGGAGUCUUAACACUGCCUCGUCUUUAAACUCUCAACAUUCCUCCAAGAAUCAGAAAUCCAGUUUAUUUUUCUGCACGGGUGUUUCAAGUAUCAAAUACUUGAAUGCUUUUAAUAUAGGACAAAGCAGCUGACAUUUGUACAAAACGAGGAACCUCCUUAGAAGUUGUGUUUUCUUAGACCUUAAAAUGCAGCAAAUGGGAAGGGGGUUGCCCAAUACUUCUGGUACAAGUCUAGCAGGACAGACUUGUCAUGUGUUUUUUAUACAAAUAGAGACACCAGCAUGAGCAGUGGUGGGCCACCUGCAUAACAUAUGGGACACUUAUUUAUUUAUUACCUCUGAAAACUUGAUCCUAGCACAUUUCAUUGGAUGCAAGUCCCAUUGAUUUCAGCAGAGUGUUCUUGGAAGUAAAUGCCUUUGAAAAUUCAUCUGAUGUUCUUCUAAGUAAAUAAGCUUAAUAUUAAGAGGUUUUUAAAUCAUUUCUCAUGACAAUUUUAAUAGGCUCCUUCUUGAAGUUGAUAUGGAUUUUUAAUCCUCAGCUUUAUUAAUUCCAUUUCAAAAUAGCAUCCUACACUGGAAAGAUGGAAAGAAGGAGAACUUUGAAUAACCUUAUUUUUAGCCAUCGGCUUACUUAAUUGCUGUAAUACAUCUAACCACUUCCAUUGAAGGUUAAUUCCAGUCUUGUGUGCUGAUUAUUAAGGUUGCUGCUGAUUUCUGCAUAGGAUUUUCUCUUAGCUAGAAUGUCUUUUCUUUUGUCUGGAUUUAUAUUAGUGGGGGAAGUUUCACAUUGAAGAGUAUGUGAAGCUUUCAUCUUUUGGUACUUUCAAACAUCACAAAAUCCACUCUUCAUAAAGACUGCCCAUGACAUGGAGCUCCUCCUGUAAAUCAUGUAGCAACUGUUAUCUUAUUUUAGAAAUCGGCUCAGGAGCUCCCAGUAUGGGGCAUAUUUUUCAGAUUUGUAACAUGGCCCUUUUUUAAAUAACUGAGCCCUUCCCUUCCCACCUCUCACUCCCAAUAGAUCAUGCCAAAGCACAUUGCUGAAUCUGUAGCUUCUCACUACUGCAGGACAUUUUUUACUCUGCAGACUUUUAAAGAAGUCUGCAACCUGUUCAUCAAAACUGAUCAACUAUUUCUGCUGAAUAACUUAAAAGAUCCUUCUUAUAUGUGAUAUGGUUAAAUUUAUGUCUGCCGUUGAAAAGUGCAGAUGUGAGCAGCAAUCGGUUUCCUUUUUUGAGCACCUUAAAACUGGGAUAUGAAGAGAGAAUAGAUUUUAAAUCAGCCUUUUCUCUUCUUAGCUCAUAGUACCUUAAAAGGGCUUCAUUUUAGGGCCAAAGGCAACGUCUCUGAAAAAGAGGUUUUUAUAACUGAAUAUACAAAAGGUCAUUUUUUUAAAAAAAAAAGUUUGAGAAGUAUUAACUCAUAUGAUGAUUAUUAGAAAUAUCAGUUUAUGAUCAUUUCAGUAGGCAUGAAAGAAGGAAUAUCACAAAAAUGCUAAAGUCAAAUAUAUAAUCAGAAGAAUCACCUACCUAUAGAAAAAAAAGGGGGGGUGUUAUUGUCUUGAUUUUUACAAUAUAAAGCAGCUGACAAUAUAAUAAACCUGUUUGUCCAGUUUUUGUUGAUAGUUUUAAAGGAGUGGAUUUAAUUAAGAGUUUUUACAUAUGUCAGAAGGAAAGAGGCCUUAAUUUCAAUCAGGUUAGUCUUCAUACCCAUGAGCCCUUUCUCACGAUCAGUGAGAAGGGCUUGAGUGUGGGCAGUGGGGAAGGUUGCUCAAACUUAUCUUUCCUGCAAAUGAUCCAUCAGUCUUUGCUGGGUACACUCCCUGCGCGGCCAGACAAUCCUCCUCUGGCCCAGUCCAUGCUAGGGGCCAGGAUGCGUUGUCCCAGCCCCCAGAAAUCCCAUAAUGCACUGCCCUAUAGCAGCAGGCGGGUGCCUGUCACUGCUACAGUGCCAGCUAAAAGCAGCCAGCGCUGCAGACAAUCGAGAAAACAGGGCCAAAGGAGCACUCGCUCCCUUAGGAGCGAGUUUAGGAGGCUAGCUCCGCAGGCGGGUUUGCCACCAAAGCGCCACCAAGAUCAGUCACAAUCCCAGCGGUUCUUAGAAGCCACCAAGAUCGGGUUUGGCUUCCUUCACCUGGGCUUGGCUGCAUGUGAGAGUAGCUUCAAUGUUUUAUAUAAAGAUGCAGUAUACGGGUGACUUGAGAGCCUUUGCUACUAAAUUAUGUUUUGUGCCAGCUUUCUGGUCUCCUGCACCCAGAGUUUAAAGGCACUAGUAAUAACUAAUCACCAUAGACAGAGUAACAGAAAACUCCAGUGGUUAAAAUAAUUGGUAUUAAACAGAAAUGUUUAAUGUGGACCUUUGUAUGCUUCCAAGUAUUUUAGUGGGAAAUGUCAUUACGAGGUUGCUACUGAGGUGCCCAGCAAGAGGGUAUGGCCAAGCAGCCACUCCGUGUGGAACUGAGGCUUCCACGAGCACUGAGAUCUGGACUUCAGCGUGUGCUCCACCAGGUAGUGUUGCGUUAGUGGUGAUGAGUAUAUGUGGGUUGGUGAAUGUAGCAUCUAUCUGAGUGUAGAGAAGACUGUGCCGUCAAUCAAGUGCUCACAUGGCAUGCAGUGCUCGUAGCCCUAGGGAUUUCUCCUGGGGAAAGGAACAAUGCUGUAUGGGGCAGAAUGGUCUGCUGCAGUGUAGACUUGUGUGCCUCGAGGCUUAGGCUGGGCCUGAACCUUUCAAAGGGGAACUUGGUGAGCAAAUGUUUGGGAACUCCCCUUAACACUAGAAAGAAGUUAAGCACUUUAAUUUUCCUCAUUCUUUUUAAUAGAAUUGUCCUUCCUAAUCCUUUUCCAGAAGCGUACAGAAGUGUAUUAUGUAGGAAAUGUUUUAAUUGGAUAGAAAAGUUGUGUCUGAAAUGAAAUGCUUGGUCAAAUCUAAACAUAGUCACCUUACAUGCUGUGAAACGUGCAGCAAAUGUAUUUGUAGCAAAACAUUUGUUUCUGACCAGGAUUUCUUUUCUUUUUUCCUAAAAUUCAGGGCUGCUUCGCACAAUCCUUAAGUGUUGGCGUGAUAGCGAAAUGGGGUUCUUGAAGAAUCCAGUCUUCAGUGUGGAUUACUUUUGGGGUGAGCAGCCAUCUAAUGGCUUCACCACAUUGGCCAGCUCAUCAGUCAGCUAACGUGAGGUGGCCCCCAUUCAAGUUCAGCUGAUCUGUGGAGUCUCAAUAGUUUAGUGAGACACCGAGUCAGUCUGGACGAGCACUUGCUCACAAGUUCAAGGCAGGAAAGUACUGAGAAUGCACUCACCCUGACGUUGCUAAAGGACAGUUUUGGAGCUCAUGUAGAAGCGGGGUGGUUUGUUUGAUCAAGCAACUAAAGGAUGUCCCAGAAGCACAUCAGGACAUCCUUUAGUGACAUCAGGGUGGGUGCUUUCAUGCCCUGAACAUGUGAGCUGCUGAAUGCUCAUCCAAACUGGCUCUCUGUCAACAUAUGUUGUGCAUUGCUUUGCCCAAAUCCAGUUUUACUUCCACAGUGUUGUAAAACUUCACUCCAUUUAGAUUAACACAGUUCUCUAGAAUCAAGGUACUAUAUAGUUACAUGCCAAUUACCAAAGACCCCCAACAAUGAAAGAGGAGGAUUGGUUUACCCAGAUCUGUCUAGUGUAGAAUUAAGCCUGUAGGGUGGUUCCAGCUAUAUCAUUGGAAGCACACAGGAAUACAUGCCAAGUUCUGAUAGUAUUAGAUGGAAUGGUCAUUUGUACUGUAAACAACCCUGAAUUACACUUUAAGGGCACUUGAAAAAUGCCAUAUUUCUUAUGCAGUAAUCAACUUUUAUAUACAAGAAGCAGUGCUGAUUUUAAGGAAGCUUGGCCAUUUUAAGCAUUUGUGUACCAUUCAUAAUUUACAGCACUGUGCUUGUAUUUUACCGUUUAAAUUUGGAUGUCUUUUAUAGCAGAGUUUAAAAAUUAGAUUCUUUCUAAGAUUUAGUUUCUAUUAUUUGUGUUAGCUUGGAAAUUAAUUAAUUAAUUAAUUAAUUAGCUUGGAAAUCUUGUAGAAGAGUGCAGUGAUGCACAUUAAAUGAGCGAUUUAGUACCGUGUGACCAGAGUUUAUGGCUUAUAAACAUCUAAAAAUUAGGGAACUGUUUCUUAGUAGUUAAAUAUUAACUAGACUCUUUGAGGGCUCUGCAGAGUUUUGAAGCAUUUUCUAUUUGUAGCAGGCAGAUUUCAGCUUUAAAAUAAUGCUAUUUUAGUAAUUGCAUUUGAAAAUAUUCAGUAUAGACUGUAUGUUGUCAAAUGUAAAAAUGACCUAUUUCCUUAAUGGCUUAUAGAAUGAAAGCUAGUAUAAGCAAGUAAAAUGCAGCUGAUGAAUGCUAAUGGUUUCCUCAUAUUUUAUGUGGACAGUAAUUGUCUACAUAAAAUAAAUAUGACUUUUUCACAUAGCACAGCUUUUUUUUUUUCAUCACUUUGUGAACCUGUGGAUAAAGUUCAUCUUUAUCCACUUUAUCCUGCGCCACCAGGGCCCCUGGUGGCGCAGUGGUAAAACUGCCGCCCUGUAACCAGAAGGUUGCAAGUUCGAUCCUGACCAGGGGCUCAAGGUUGACUCAGCCUUCCAUCCUUCUGAGGUCGGUAAAAUGAGUACCCGGAAUGUUGGGGGCAAUAUGCUACGUCAUUGUAAACCGCUUAGAGAGCUCCGGCUAUAGAGCGGUAUAUAAAUGUUAUUGCUAUUGCUAUUUAUGCGUAGUCUGGACUUCUGGGCCCAAGUCCGGUCUCCUGCAGACCCGCGUGGGGUGGGUGGGUGUGGCCUCGAAAUGCUCAAAAGAUUGCUGGGGUGGAAGCUGCUGUCUGUUCGGCAGAGUCUCUUGUCCUGCCUGGUCUCACCAGCCACUGCCCUGGUUGGCCCUGCUCUGCCUGCCCUUGUUGUGGGGGUGGGGGCACGCUGAGGCCUGGUCCGGGUGCAGUUGGGCCUGCUCCGCCCACCAUCUCCUGUUGUGGCGGGGGUGGGGCACUGAGGGCCGGGUGUGGCUGGGCCUUUAGGUCCAGGCUCCAAAUUAGCUAGGUGCACCUCUGUGCAGUGAUUUAAAAUGUAUAUCUAUCGAUUUAAAAGGAUUGAUUUGACAUUUUCAUAUUGACUUAAAAUGUAUAUCUAGCACUGUGCCUUCCCUUUGUGUUUGUAAAACAUUUUAAAUUAGUUUUUAAAAGGCGAAUGUUGGAAGUCUGUAGCUAUGUCUGCUUAUAUUCAUAACAUUAGCAGAAUACAGGAUUGGAAAUAUGUGGAAGGAAAAAACAACUGCCCCAGUGGCUGAUUCAGCACACAUGAUCAUGUAACCAAUCAAAAAGUGGCUUUGCAUGUUACAAGCGGGUAGGGGUGAGGGGGUGAACUCUCAUAUUUCUCUCUGCACUCUCGGUGUAAAGUUAAGGGAGGAAUUGUGCAUCUCCCAUUGAGGAGGCCUCAAGGAGAUCUGUCACUGCUUCCUCUCUGCACCCACCCAGCAAACACACAAUGCAAAAUCAUUCUAAAAUUUAAUUGGAGAUCAUUGUUGCUAUAGACUCCAUGCUUAAAUUGCUAUAGAGUACAUGCUUGAAUUUUGGCAGAUGAAACACUUUUAAAACUGCUCAGCCAGUCAGUGAGAGCAAGGGGGGAAAACAGGCUGGGGAGGGUUAGGGUUUACCAGCUUAUCAUGUGUGUAUCUACUUUCUCCUUGCUCUAGCCAGCCCUGAUUGGUGAUGGCAUUGCUCAGGGCUUUUAAAAAAGCGAGAAGGUGGCAACAUCAGAAUGAAGCUGGUGGCUGCAGUUUCAGAACUGCAGAGUUCUCAGGAGCUUAGAAAGCAUGGAGCUAGAGGACAAGAGUGAAAUUUGGAACAAUGCCAAAUAUCAUGGGAAUGGUUUAGCAGCUGACAGGUUUUCACCCCCAAAAUAAAAUAAGAUGUUUCCAUUGAAAUAAUGGGACUGGGUUCAUAAAUGUAUAUGUUUAUGAACUUAUAUUUACAUUUAUAUGCAUUUUAUAUAAAUGUAUAUGUUUACAAUCAGGCUGUAAGCUGCUUGGCUGCAUGCAAGCAGCAAUCUUGAAUUCCUAUUGACUUGUACACCUAGAGAGGAAACUUACAGGGUAGGGUAUACUGAGACAAUCUGGAACAACUUGAUACAAUUACAUAAAAUGUAUAUGCAGAAAUCAAAAUUUAUCUGCUUUGAUUUCUAUUUUGAGAAAUGAAAAAGUACAUGAGAGAGUCACAUGCAUGCUCUUGAUAUGUAUUAGUCAAAGUAAUAGUAGUAUUAGUCAGAUUCUUCUUUAUGUGGUACUAACAAUUUUGCAACAUACAUAAUUUUCAGUUAUUUGUAUUAAGCAAAUUAAAGAAAAAAUCUCUCCUCGCCCCCAACCACCAGGAAAGUUUGAGAUACUGUCUUUCGUAUGUCCUCUUGUAGAACAUAAUUUUGCUACCUUUCCCCCUAAAUUCCCAGAUUUUUACAUUCUUGGUGCUCAUCUGAGAGCACUCUUCCCUUAAUCCAGCAAGUAAUGUCUGCACAUAGAAGCUUCCUUGCAUAGAUUCUUGCACUGAAUUGAAAACGACAAAGGCACAUCAGUUCUACAUGUGCUUUUGCAUUGCAAUGCACAUCCUCUCUGUCCAUCUGCUGUCUCAGGCUUUGGUGCAUCUGUCUCCAGAUCAGGGGAUGAGUUACAUUUCUUGUGCACUCAGUUUGAUAUGUGUGAGUGAGAUGGAGAGAGAGAGCAUUUGAGUAUGCAAAAUGACAUACUUUAAUAUUGGGAGACACAUUGGAAGAUUUUUUAAAAAUAGCCCAUUAGAUGUUUUCUGCUGCUGCACGAAAAAAGAUGCCUUUCUGAUAGGAGGCUGCAUCUUGGAAAUGGAAAGCAGAAGUGAAACACACAUGGGCUUCCUGUUUGGUUUCUGUCAGGUUUGUGCACUACGCAAAAAACAAAAACAGGCUGCUUCCUAAGCACAUGUAUUUGGGAACUAACCCUGAUGAAACUUAAGGAGUAAACAUGAUGAUUGUGCUCAAGUUCAUGAUAACAUUAAUUAGAUAAGUUAGUCACUAACUGAAGUCCUGCUGAGAUCAAUGGGACUUGGUUACUACUUUCUCUGGAGUUAUGAAUUCAUGUUUAAUAAAGGACCAAAAAUGAUAAUAAGAAAAAGGCAGUCCAAAUAGCAUCCGUGGUAGUUUUACACACUGGUUCAACUGCUUGUGACACUCAACUCAGAGGCUACAAAUGGGUGGGGAAGGCAUAGCUCAAGUGUGAGAAUGGGGUUUUGAAGGGGAAAAUAUUCAGUGAUGGAUGUUGAGUCUUAGGAGGUUCCUCAUGUGCGAUGUGUUGUCAGUGGCAUUUCCUAAUAGUGCCUCGCUUGUUGGUGUCAGCUGAUUUGAAAACCUCGUGUCCCAGGGACACGCAGCUUCCACUAGCCAUGAAGAAAGCCUGGCUCACAUAGAGGAAAAGCUCUGAUUCAUAUUGAAUUCACUCACUUCAUUCCAAAUGGACUUAAAGGUUUGAAGAACUCUGGUGUGACUGAAGGUGUUCUGCAUUUGCUAGAACAGCUGUGUUGCUUAUAAUAAUCAAGGCUUUUGGGAACAGGCACAGAGCCCAUCUUUCUGGUCACCAACAAUGGUCUUGCUUUCCGUAGCACAGUGUUGACUAGAUGAGGUGGAAUGCAAGAUUACAAGGGAACAAAGCUUGCAUACAAUAGUCAAUUUUGAUAUUUUACUGUCACCUAUUUAUGAAUUUAUUAAAAAAAGUUUAUUUUUAAAAACUAUGAAGCCUUUUUGGUAAAUUUUAGCAAAGUCUGUAGCAAAUGCAUUGUAUUGUGUAUAAUUAAAAUGAACAUUUGGCUAUUA